AUGUUUGAUGUUGGUCUAUCGACAAACAUAUCUCGAUCAAGUCGCCUGCACUUGGUAACAGAAUAUUUUACUGAUCAAGAAAAAUAUUACUUUUUAAUUCUAUUACAUAUGGACAUAGCACUAGUUAUAGGAGGGGCUGCAAUGGUAGCAACAGGAACCAUGCUUAUUGCGUAUUUUAAAUUUAUCUGUGGAAUGUUUAAAAUCUCUAGUUAUCGUAUUGAACGCGCAGUGAAUAUUAACGUUAAGCAAAAUAUUAACAUGAAAAACAAAAUUUUAAGAUUCGAGGAUUUAAUUUGCGCUAUAGAUAUCCAUCGGCAAGCCAUAAAAUUAUCCAAAGGUUUGCUAUCCUAUUUUGAGAUAAUGUUCUUCUGUUUAGCGCAGAUGUUUGUAGUUUCGUUGUGUUUCAACUUGGUUCGAAUUUUUCAGAUUAUAUUGACGGAGAAAGCUACCAAAGAAGCUUUAUUGCAUAUGAUAAUUGUAGCUAUUUUUAUACUAUAUUUGUUCAUAUCGAAUGCUCUUGGGCAAAAUAUGACGGAUCACAAUAAUUAUGUAUUCGCUACUGUAUACAGAGUUAAAUGGUAUAUAACUCCUUUAUACAUCCAGAAAAUUAUACUCUUCCUGUUGAUAAAAGGCGCCAAAAAUUUUCAUCUGAAUGUCGGUGGAUUAUUUAUCCCAUCAUUAGAAUGCUUUACCACGUUGAUAAAAGCUUCAGUAUCUUAUUUUACUGUCAUAUUAUCUACACAGUGA